GGCGGGAGGGAAAUCCCGGGCGACGCGGGGAGCGGCGGCGAGGCCCCGCCCCGCGCCGGUAUAAAGCGCGGCGAGACGCGACGGGCACCGGCCGCCGGGAGACGCGACGAGACGCCACCACGAUGCCACUGUCUCAGAGCAGGGCCGGGCAGAUGCCAUGCAGCAGUAAGGUGUGCAGGAACCUCUUUGGCCCCGUGGACCACCACCAGCUCCAGAAUGACUAUGAGAACAUGUUGAGGCAACAGCUGGAAGAAGCUCAGCAGCGGUGGAACUUCAACUUUGAGACGGAGACUCCCUUGGAAGGACACUUCAAGUGGGAGAGGGUCUACCUGGAUGAGCAGCCGCCCCAGGAGGUCCACAGCCUGGUCACGGUCACCGGCAGCGGGAGCUCCUUGGUCCACAAGGUCUCUCCCAAGGGCCAUCUUGGCAGGAUUUGCCCUGAGGGGUCUCAGCAGAGCUCGGAGGUUUACAGGGCUGGUUCCCCACAGAGCUUGAAACGUGGGCAGACCACCAUCAAAGACUUCUACAGCGCCAAGCGGAGGAACAUCCCUGACAAGCCCAAGCCUGACAAGCCCAAGCUGUGACCUGGUGGUGCUCAGCUCCUCUGCCACUGGGGACAGCUGCCGAUGCCCUGGGGGUGUCCGUGUCUCUUUUCCCCCCCACCCUGUACAGUGUAAGCUGUCUGCAUGAAGCAAUGUAGAGUUUGUAGUUCCCUAUUUAUGAGUAGCUCUGGGGUCCUGAGGGACCUUCGCUGUGUGCAAUGUAUAGGAGUAGCCCACGUUGAGGCGUGUAGCCCGAUGGAGGAGGACUGAAGAAAGAGUGUGUCUCCUGCCUUGUGUUGGUGGGGCCAAGCAUCGUCCUUGCACCAUCCUGCUGUCUGGCUGUGGUCCCUCCCCUGCCUGACGGCUGGCCAUGGAGGACACUUGUGUCCCAGCCACCUGGUGGCACCAGAUAUCCUGAAGAAAGUGGCAGAGAUAUGGAUCGUAGAGCCCUGGGACAGCCUGACCCUGAGGACACCCCGUUUGCUGGCACAUGGUGGUGGCCCCUCUUCCCAGCGGGAUGGACCCAGCGGUGGCAAGCCCUUGUCCAUGCGUGGAAGCGGAGCGACGCGGGGGCCGCUCCUUCCCGUGGCCGCCUGGGAGAGGAAGCGCUCUUCCCUGGACAGCCCUUCCUUCGGGUGACUCACCGGUGCCGUCACCCUCAGAUGGGCUGCAGACAGUGACAAACCCGCUGGAGGUCCCCAGCGCUGAGCUCAUUGUGGGACCAAGGCUGCCUUAGGAGGCUUUGGGCUCCCCUGGACUCUGCUGACCCAAAACCCCACUUUCUUACCUUGCCGUUGGGUUUGCCCUCCUGUUCCUGCCUCCUUCAACACUGACACCGGGCUGGGGAGCCGCCUGCUCUGGCCAUGUUGGACUGCUCUAGGAAGGAAGGAGUCCUGCUCGCCAGCAGGGAUGACACCGAAAGAAGAAACUGUAGUUUUCCUCCUGGACUUUUUCUCCUUCGGGACCGGGGGAGAGAAGACCCUCACCUGGCUCUGCGGAGCGAGCAGCUUCGGUCGCCUCUGGGACCAAGGGAUGUCCUGGAGCGAAGGUUGCUCGGUCCCAGCACUGAAGGAUGGGUCCCUGCUCUUGAAGGACUCAAGACUGUCAGGUCUCAGCACUUUGAUGGGGUUCAUCUCCUGCCUCUGCUGGAGUUGGACUCUGGAAACUGGUGCAAGAUGGUCCCAGGCAGAAAAGGAACGGGAUCGACCCCCCACCUUGCACCGUGAUGCACUUUGCUGUCGGUGAAGCUGGCAAGUUCCCAGCAUUAAAUGUUUAUUUAUAAAAAAAAAUUAAUAAUAAUAAUUAAAUGCUA